CCGUGUGGUGGAGGGUCACGUGCACAGCGCAACGUGCACCAGUUUUAGAGACGGCGUCGAACAAGCGUCGGCAGGCGGACUGGGAACGCGGGACGUCGACCGUGAACCUGACCAAUCGGGAGCCGGCGCCUUGCUACGUCACGCGACGUGCAAGUUCACCGUUACCGCCGUCGAACUUGGUACAGUUCGCGAUGAUCCAUCCGCAAGGAAACGGCGCUGUGCUAACGGCGCCCAGCACGUCUCGACGCUCCGACGAGAUCAUGCUGAACGGCCCGACGUCUUCCAGAGUCGCUCGCCCCAUGGUUAGAGUCAAACCCAUUUCCGAUAUUUCCGUGGAACAUUCAUCUGAGGAGGCUGCAAAUGACACAGCUUGGAUGGCCGUUGUUAUAGCUUCCCUCAGCCAACAUGCGGCGCUCACUUGGAAAUGGCUGAGAGAACGGGCCUGUAGCCGUUCUGGACCCCCAACACCAAAACUGAGCAAUUCUGGAGAAGAGGAAGAAGCUCCUCUUCAGGGUGCCAUUCAGAUCAGCAACUCAAUGCCCGACUUGGCUGCUCAGGAGUCCAAAAUAAAUUAUGUUCAAGAAAUCAAGGAGAUCGUAACUAAAAAAGUAUUGAGGCAAACGACUUUACCGAUCGUAUCUGAACGCCAUCAUACAUUUCAACGCCAGUCCUCUCAUGUCUUGGACAUGAGAACGGAAAUCAAAUUUAGCAUUUGCAGUUUGGAUAAAAAUUACAGCAAUUCCAAAAUUGGCAUAAUUCAACCUGAAUUGUAUCAAACAGAACUGCUGCAGAGACAGUCGUCGAUAAAAAGUGAAAAUGAAGCGAAGAUGGAUACAAAUGGUUUUCUUCAUUUUGCAUUGAAAUACGACAAAGAACUUGAGGGCCUGGUGGUCAAGAUGUUUGAAGCUCGGGAUCUGCCCAUAAAAGACACAUUUGGCACUUGUGAUCCUUACGUGAAGCUGCACCUUCUGCCUGAUAGGAAGAAGAAGUACCAAACUAAAGUGCACAGGAAGAGCUUAAACCCCGUGUUUAACGAGACAUUCAUCUUCAGUGUGACAAGCCAGGAACUGGAAUCCCGAUACCUGCAACUCUCAGUUUUCGACUUUGAUCGAUUCGCUCGACAUGAUUUAAUAGGCCAUAUCACUGUGGAUAAUUUAACCGAAGUUGUCGAACAUGGACAGCAGGACUUUGAGUACACAAUGCCGAUCCUUUGCCCUCCCAUGGAUGAAGUAAAUUUGGGCGAACUGAUGGUAUGCCUGUGCUUCCUACCGAAAGCUGGCCGAUUGACGAUAACAAUCAUUAAAGGCCGGAGCUUCAAGGCAAUGGACAUAACUGGAAAAUCAGAUCCUUAUGUAAAAGUCUAUUUAAUUUGGAAAGGCCGGAAAAUGAAGAAGAAGAAAACAACAGUUCGUCACAAUACGCUGUAUCCAGUUUACAAUGAGGCUUUGGUUUUUGAUGUUCCAGAAGAUAAUAUUGGAGAAGUUUCUCUUCUGGUGAAAGUUAUCGAUUAUGAUAGAAUCGGCCAAAAUGAAAUUAUGGGGUGCUUUACAAUCGGCCCCACCGACCCAGGAAAGGGUCGCGAUCACUGGCUGGAAAUGCUCUCGAAUCCACGCAAACCCAUCGCUCAAUGGUACUCGCUUUUGGAAACCGUACCAUUUGAUCUUCACAAUCAGAAGGAGGCUCCCAUGUUACUAACAUGUCUAAAGAGCAGGUGAGAUACAAUUACAUAACAGAGCGAGCAAAACAGUUGGUUUAAAUGUUGGUGCUGAAAUACGGAAAGGCGGAAGCGUAAGUAAAUUAGAAACCGGAAUUUGCGGCUAUCCAAGUUUGGAUGUAGCAUGUGUUUGUACUGAUGCCGAAGAAAUUAGUAGUUAGUGUCUAACAACUAUAGAAUAAUCAGACAAGGAAUAAAAGUCCAUGGAGGAAAGUUAAAGGCAUUAUUUAAUUGCUGUCUUUACUAGAUGAUUGUUGUGUACAGAAUUCUUGUUGCUGCGUAGCUCAUUAAGGUUGUGGACUCUCGAUCAUUUUUUGAUCGAUCAGUUUGUGAAAUAUUAUUACAAAACAUAUAUAUUCAUCGUUAACGUAUUUACUACCUGGCAAUGGAACCUCUAUAGAAUAAUGUAAUUUACAUUCGUUUUUCACUCGAAAGAAUAUUCUACAUAAUCAAAUAGCUUCUGUUAGAACCUUCAAUUGUGUCUGAUAAUAACGUUCUCAAGCAUCUACUGCUGGUGAUGAGUAAAUAUAGUGUUAAGAAAAUUGUUAAUGGAAAUUGAAGAUUUAUAUUUUCCACUCUUGGACAAACUUUAUAUACUUUUACUCCUGGUAAUAAACCAAACUGUAUGUUAGUUUGACUGUCUAAAUAAGUAUCUACUUGAAACGGUUUUUCAAACCAGAAACUCAGGAUAAGACUUUUUUUUUACAAAACGAACAUCAAAACAAUUUAUAUCUAUUAACUAGUAACAACAACAGAAAAUGGGGAAGUUGACAGAGAAGAUGAAGAUUAUUAUUCAUUUUGGGCUUAAACAGGAUGUCUCCGAAAUGGCACUUUGCAAGUUCUAGAACUGAAAACAAGUAUUUUUUUAUUGUAUGGAAAUACUGAAAAUGUCGUUCCUUGAUGCGGCAAUAAAACCUUGUAUUUUUAUUACUCCCAGUACAAAUUAUUUUGAUCCCGUAACUAGCUGGAUACUUUUUUGUCUCCAGUAAAAAAAAUUAAAAAAUGAGACUUUGAAAUUAAUAUUUGGAGCUAAGUCUUAACUAGAAUACAUAAAAAAGUACGUAAGGUGUCGUUACUAUCUUUUUACAGGGAGUACAGAGAGAGAAACUUAUACGCGGCGAAAAAGUUUUCAAAUAAAGCCAGCCAGUUGUAGACAAAAAAUUUGGUCACUUGAUCCAGGGACAAGAAAAAUAUAAAAUUCCGUUUAGCAGUACGAAAUAUUUUUUAUUGUUGCACGAAUGAAAUCGCCUUUUGGUCCAAACACGCUAAAUGGUGUACUAAUUCCUAGCAACAUUACAAAUAAGUAUGUGUAGAUUGCGUUGUUUUUGGUUAAAGAAUUGAUGGUUAAGCGUCAUUUCAGAGACACUCUGUAUAGUGUAAUCUUCACAUUGUUUUUCCUAAAAUCAACCGUUAAAUGUUGAGGCCAUUUUGUCUUUCUCUAGCAACAAAGGGUUGUGUGAUAGGCCAAUUAUAUUUUUAUACGCUGCCAUACAUUUCUUCUGUCGAAGAUUCACUUCUAUAGCUUCACUUUCUAUAUGUGUUUUCUAUACAUAUAGGUAAUCGUUAUAUAAUAAUAGCUAGCUCACAUAUCGAAUAAAUGUAUCGUAUUUUUGUAUAUCCAGUUAUAUAAAAUAGUAAUUUGCUAUCUACUGAAAAGCUGAAAAAUAUUUUGGAUUGUAUUAUUCACUACCCAUAACAUUGUACAAAUAUUUCAGGAAUAAAAUAUGCAACAUUCAUAUUCCAGUCUAAAUAUUUGGCGUUGGAAAGGCUUUAUAUAAGUAUAUUUUUAAUUACCUAGACUUCUAUGUUACAAAUUUUUAAAUUCUAUUUCAAACUCCCACUUUUGUAUUAUGCUCUAUCCGUGUUUACUAAAAAUAGUAUUAAGGCUAAAAUAUACUAAACUCCCACAAUAUAAGAUGACUGCGUAUGUUAAGUUAGUGUUAGUUAAAAAGAAUAUCAUAAACAUUUAAAUGUGUAGUUUGAUACAGAGUAGUCGUUCCAUAAUAAAGAUUUUGUAAAAGUAAAA